CUCAGGAUCAGUUGAUUCUUAAGCUACUGGAAAGGCUACUUGCAAGGAAAUGUAUUGCACCUUCCUUGUUGGACUUUUAUUUGUUAUCAACGGGCCAUCACACACAAAUGGACAACAAAAGUCAUCAAUAAAUAUAACACUUGCAGGUUGCUCUGGAAAACAUGGUCAACAGAAAAUUACACCACCAACCGCGUUGUAUUUCAAUUUCAAAAACGCUUCGAAAGCUGAUAUUAAUAAUAAAGUCACGUGUCGUUGGUCGGUGGAGGUGCCGUGUGAUCACGUGUUGCUCCUAAAAUUUCGAAAUUUAUCGUCGUCACCCAAUAAUAAGUCACUCUGGAAUCACGAUUGGCUUGAUGUUUAUGAUUCGUUAUAUGAAACAGGAAAAAUUAACUGGCGAUGUAAUGUGCAUGACAAGCCAAAUUUUUUGUCAUCAGGCCGYAACAUGGUUAUAARAUAUGAACAUUAUCCCASAUCAAACGGGAAAGARAACAAAUUACAAAAUUUUGAAUUCACAGCUGAACUGGAAAAAAUUCCAAUUAAUGACGCAAGAUGUCCGCCAUCAAUCGUGAAGAAACUUGACUCAAAAAUAAAUCAAACCAACCACAUUAUGUCCCGGAAUUUUCCAAACUAUUCACGACUUGACCAGUUCUGUACAUGGCUGAUCACAUCGCCAGAGCAACAUGUAGUUCAUCUCCGAUUCUCGCACUUCACAAUARAUGWUUCACUUGGAUGUGAUAAAAGUUACUUCGAAGCACGGGAUGGCGAAAAAUCUGAUAGUCCUGUAUUGGUGAAACAGUGCGGCAGUGACUAUAGAUGUCCAAUUGUUUCAUCGGGUCGUCACAUGUGGAUACGAUAUAAGACUGAAGGGACUAAGAUGAACRYYUUYCGUGCAGCUUACACUGCCGUGGACCAAGUUAYUGAAUAA